CGGGGAGUAAGGUAUUCACAUCGCUGAGACAGACACUAAUUUUCUUUAACAACAACUUAAGUUACCAUAGAAACUUUCCGUAGGCACAAGUAACGUUCACUGGAGAAAGUUGGUUAAGAGUUGCCAAGAAAUCGUAAACAAAAUGUCUGGUGGUCAGAUUGUUCCUAUAGCUCUACGGAGGUUUGAUACGAGCCAGCCGUGGGGUUUCAAACUUCAGGGAGGGUCCGAUGUAGGAUGUCCUAUCCAUGUCGCUCAGGUUCAGCCCAAGAGCAUCUCAGGGAAAAGCGGAUUACAGAACGGGGACUUGAUUCUGAGGAUUGGCGAAACCGACAUGCAGAACGCCACGCACCAACAGGCCAGAAACGAGAUGAUCCGCGCCGGAAAUGACGUGGACUUGGUCGUUCAGAGAGGAGGGGUUGCUGUAAAACCAACUCCCCAGCCAGAACCCGAGGAUGAAAAAGAAACUUUCCAGGACGUGACCCCUAAAACAUACAAAGUCCUUGAGAAAGAGCUCCCCCAGGCAGAAGCAACAGGUGCCCGCCCUGCGUCUAUAUUCGACAGACGGAAACAGGACAGGACAGCCUAUACAAAGACAGACAAGUCAGGGUAUAUGAAGACUUAUGGACAGCAGUAGAUUGGGAAUCUAAACCCUCUGUCGAUACCUUCGCAGUAAGGUUACUAGUCAAAGAGAACUUUUUCCCGGCUAAAUAUUACACGCUUUUGUCACAUUAAAUGGUACUUGUGAACAUGCACAAAGUUAAGAUCAGCAUGUUUGCUAUGUUUGGAAUACUUACAAUGUAUUGACUGUUCAAAAUACUGUAAAUUUAACGUUUUCAUGUUCUUAUUUUCUUUCAUUAAUGUAUACCUUCUAUUUUCUUAUAAGAUGCUGUUUGCUUUUAUUUUUCUUUGAAUUCUUUGUAUCUGUUGUGCAUUAAAAUUCUUUUUAUAUACAA